GCCUUUCCCUUCCCAGUACAUAAAUACCUCUGCAACUUUCUAAAACCAAUCCUUCAACAAUCUGAUAGCAGUAAUAAAGAAUUUUAUUCCCAUUCUCUCCCCCAGUUCAUAUCCAUGGGGUCCUGCAUUAGCAAAUGCAAGCGCAAGAGGAAGCACCAAGUAGAGCCCAGCCAUGUAGAGGACAAGCUGGUAAUUUCACGAGCUCCUCCCGCAGCCUCUUCUCUUUCUUUCUCCUCAACUGAAAAACAGCCCCUCGAUCCUAAUUCUCCCACCUCUGCUUCUUCCUCUGUUUCCUCUGUUUCUUUCACCACUAGGAACACCAGCAACUCGUGUUCGCUAACGUCGUCGCUGUCGUCAUCGUCGAUAUCGUCCUCCGUUGUCAGCUCGAAGGAGAGGUCGUUCUCGAACGAGUUCUUGUACUCGUGCGUCAAGGAAAACCCACAAAUUAUACGCGUUGAUCCGGUCCGAGGAGUUCUAAAAAAGCCAGCGGCAGUGAAGAAUUAUUCCCCUGACUCAACACAAUCAAGGCAGUUCAGCUCAAUUCCGCAGAAGAGAGCUCGUGCGAAUUCGCCGGUUCUUUCGCGACAAAAGAGCUUUCGAAGGGAAAUCGAGAUUUCCAACUACGCGAAUUCGAUUCCAAGUAGGAAUCUGAGGUCUCCGUCACCAAGCAGAAGAUUCGGUGGGGAUCAUAACUACAGGGGUGAUUUGAAAAAUAGGCACAAGGACUUUUGUUGCAAUAACUCUGUUGUGGCCAAGGAAAAUGCGGUCAGCUCCGGGAUUUUAUCCGCGAAAAGAGAGAACAUUAGGCCUUCAAGUCCGUGCAAUAAUUCGGGUAGAAAUCGCGGUUAUUUGAUGAAUAGAGAGAAUAGCGUUUAUCGGAUCGGUUCAAAGAUCGAUGAAUUCGCGGUCGGAGAAGAAUUUUCGUCGAAGCGAGACGUUGAUGUCAUCCCCAUGGAGGACAUUGAUAAUCCUCUCAUUGCUUUAGAUUGUUUCAUCUUUCUGUGAUUUUUGGUGUGCAUAAUGCGUUCAUAUUCUGAAAGUUUUGAUUUUUGUUUUUCGUGUGUGUUUUUGCUUGAGGAGGUUGGAAAUUGUCACAUAGGUCAAGUUCUUGGAUUUAGUGGUUGUUGAGGAUGGAUUUUGUGUAAUUUCAGUAUUUGAAGCUCAUUUACGUAGCGUUACAAUCAUUUUUUGUAUGUAAUUGUGAUUUUUUUUGACUUUUUACGUGUCAUGCCU